AUGGCCCGGGUGUACUUUGAGCGUGCUCGUUCCAAGCCCGAUAUCAGCCUCUUGGGAACACCCGUUCAGCGUCUCCCAUACGACGAUGAUAAGAAUGUCGAAGGGGUAAUUCUAGAAGCGGAUACGCCGAGAAAACCAUCAUCGCCACCGGAACCUGGCCAAGUCGUCUCAGUACGAAAGGUACCGGGAUAUCGCCUGCAAUACCAACCUCAGCACGGGUUUGAAUAUCUCCGCCCCGCUACGAGAACUCCUCAAAGUCCUGAAACGGUCGACGGGCUGCGGAAUACGAGCAUGCCGGUUGAUAUCGAAGCUGCGAUUCGUGAAGAGCUGCGUGAGAUAUUUCCCACCGUGGCUGAUCGACCGCCUGCCAAAACCUAG